UGACGAGUGACGUUAGUGCGUCGCCGUCGUCGAUCCCCUUUGGUCUUCGGUCUGUGCGUGCGUGUGUGUGCGUCCUUCACUCCUUUUGGGUUGUUGGCCAUUACCGCCUUGUAGAACCCUAUUAUUCGACGGUUUCGAUUAAAACCUAUUUCACAAUACGAACAAUAACAUAUUAUCUACUUACACGAUACCUAAUACCCGAAAAUGCCAGUCUGUAAACAAGACGAAACCCUUAGGGCCUUAGCCCUCCUGGAAGACUACCACGCAAAACUCUCCACUGUACCUGACAAUGAUCUUCAAGUCGUUAUGCAGCUAGUGAUUGGCGUCUUUAAGUCCAGGCUGUUUCAGGCACUCGUCGAUAUACAAGAAUUUUAUGAAUUGGCACUCCAAGAUGAAAGCCAUUCUGUGACAGAUGAAGAUUUAUCAAUUGCACAAAAAUAUAUUAUGGAUCAAUUUGAUGCUAAAGUUGGUUUGAGUGAUCUUAGUUUUCAACCAUUAGAAACUGAAUGUCAUCGAGAUUAUAAAAAGAAAGAACUUGUGGAUAUAAGUUGUCAAAUUAAUGGGCUGAGUGGACAUACUGGUAACCAGUCGUGUGGCGAUGCUACUGAACAAGAAUCUAAUCUUGAAACUGAUGAUGAAACUGAAUAUUGGGAGUAUGAUAAAAUAACAGUCGAACGAGGCUCUGGUGGCCUAGGUUUCAGCAUUGCUGGUGGUGUGGAUUCAGAGUCAUUAGUUCUUGUGACUCGAGUUAGUCCAGAUAUUGGUGCAACUGGUCUUCGUGCUAAUGAUAUUAUUUUAAAAGUGAAUGAUCAGUCGUUGGAACACGUUCCACAUAGUUUUGCAGUAACUGCUCUUAAAAAUGCUGGAGAUGUUGUUACACUACAUGUAAAAAGGCGCAAAAAGGAUGCAUUUGUUGAACCAGAAAAAUCGUAUACAGUUACAGAAAUUGAAUUAGAAAAAGAGGAUGGAGGUUUGGGCUUCACAAUAGCUGGAGGCGUUGGUAAUGUUCAUCUACCUGGAGAUAGUGGAGUUUAUGUUACAAAAAUUUUAGAAGGUGGUGCAGCUCAUAAAGAUAGUCGCAUGGAAGUAGGUGAUAAAUUGAUAGCUGUUAAAAACACACUGAAUGGUGAUGUAGACUUAGAAAAUGUUACUCAUGAAGAAGCAGUUGCUGCACUUAAAGAAACUGGCGAUAAAGUAAUACUUGUCAUUGUAAAAGAAUCUCUUAGCAUGCGUUAUAUAAAACCAAAAACACCAAUUAAAUCCAGCAUUUCAUCAAAAUCAAGCAGUGAAAAUAUAUCAUUAAUGCUUGAAAAAGUAGCUACUAUCCGAAGGUCUGAUGAAGGGUUAGGAUUUAACAUAAUUGGUGGGGAAGAUAAAGAAGGUAUAUUUAUUUCUUAUGUGGCACCUGGUAGUCCAGCUGAUCAAAAUGGCAUUUUAGAACCAGGUGAUCGUAUUUUAAGUGUUAAUGCAAUUGACAUGCUAAAUGCCACUCAUGAUGAUGCCGCUAUAGCUUUAAAAGGUGACGGACCAAUUGUUACUAUUAUAGCUCAACAACGGCCAGAAGAAUAUCAUAGGCUCCAAAUUAAAUUAGCAGAUAUUAAAGAACAAUUAAUGAAAAAAGCUGUUGUGUCUUCAAGCACAUUACCAAGACCUUCUCAAAAAUUACAGUUAUUUGUCAGAGCUUUGUUUGAUUACGAUCCAAACCGAGAUGAUGGCCUCCCAAGCCGUGGCAUAUCAUUUACAUAUGGUAGCAUUCUACACAUACUUAAUGCUAAUGAUGAUGAAUGGUGGCAAGCUAAGAAGUUGGUUCCGGCUGGUGAAGAGGAUCGUAUUGGUAUUGUACCUUCAAAAAAGCGUUGGGAACGAAAACAAAAGUCAAGAGAUCGUACAGUUAAAUUUCAAGGACAUGUUCCAGUUCUUAUUGAUAAAACUUCCACUUUGGAAAAAAAAAAGAAAAAUUUUGCUUUAAGUCGAAUGUUUCCAUUUAUGCGUAGUAAAGCAGAUCGUUUGGAAUGUACUGGAACAGACCAAGAUCAUUAUAUGCUUUGUUACACUCACGAAGAUCCAACAUCUGAAGGUAUUAAUUUAAGCAGCAUAAGCAUAAUUGAACUACUUGUUGAAGAACCAAUUUUACCAUAUGAAUCUGUUAUUAAGAAAACAUUAAACUAUAGUCGCCCUGUCAUUGUAGUUGGAAUUUACAAAGACAAAAUAAAUGAUCAUUUAAUAUCAGAAUAUCCAGAAGAGUUUGGAUCAUGUGUACCUCAUACAUCGAGAGAAAUUCGGCAUGGGGAAGUUGAUGGUGUUCAUUAUCACUUUAUUAAAUCACGUGAACAAAUGGAGCGUGAUAUCAAAGAACAUUUAUUUAUUGAAGCUGGUCAGUUUAAUGAUAAUUUAUACGGAACCUCUUUAGCUUCAGUCCAAGAAGUUGCAGAACAAAACAAACAUUGUAUUCUUGAUGUAAGCUCCAACGCUAUUAAACGUUUACAAGCAGCUGACCUGUAUCCUAUUACCAUAUUUAUUAAAGCAUCUUCUCUGGACUUCAUAAUGAAAAUAAGUGAUAAAAUGACCGAAGACCGUGCAAAAAAAAUCUAUGAUCAAGAAAUGAAAGUUGAACAAGAUUAUAAUGAAUAUUUAACAGCUAUUAUAAAAGGUGAUUCGUUUGAAGACAUUUUUGAAAAAGUAAAAAAUGUUAUUGAUGAACAUUCAGGACCUGACGUGUGGUUACCCAAUAAAGAUCUCACUAUCUGAAAUGAACAUGCUAGAGUGUAGUGAUUAUUCUAAUUGAAAAAAAAAGUAUCUAAUUACUUUAGAAGCAUUUAGGUAUAGAUUUUCAAAAAUUGAUAAUUUAUACAUCAAAUAUUUUGCAAAAAAAAAAAAAAUACAGGUAACAUUUACAGGUCUUUUUAACCAUAAUAAAAGAAAAACAAAAUUUUAAUCCCCACACAUAUAAAUGUUGAUCAAUUCUACUACUAAAGAACAAAUAUAUACAUACAGGAUUAAAAAUAAUUAUAUUUUUUAAUAACAUGUAGUUAAAGUAACCAAUUUUUAUGAAAAAAAAAAAAUUUAUUUGGUUUUUCCUUUUAUUUAGUCUAAUGUAAUGAUUAUCUUCCACUAGUUAUUAUAAAAUAUGUAUAGUUCUUAGAAGGUAUUUUAUAAUAAUCAUAUUUAAAACAAUUUUAAUUAUCAUUUUUAAACCUUUGGAAACCAAAAGCUUCCCAAUAAUGCAGUUGCCAAUAUUUAUUACAGUGGUUGCUCAACAAUAUUAUUGAUUCAAUCAUUCAUUGGUUAAACAAUUAUUAAAUUAUCUUAUGAUCCUAUAGAAAACAAUAUUUAUUAUUUUUAAAAACUUUUAAAGUAAAUUUCAUAUUUGGGGAAAAUGAGUGAAGAAGCUAAUGACUUAGCAGUUAACAAUGAUCUUAAAUGAUAUGUAUUUUGUAGAUUCUGAGCGAGUUUUAUCUUUAAAGAAAUUUUGGAAGACAACAAAUUAUAUUGAAGAAAUGUAAGCUAUUGAUAGUUAUGAUUAUUUUUAGGUAAACCAAGCUAUUACUAUAACUAUUUUUCAAUUCAGUGAUUCGUUAUUGCCUUUAAAUUUAAAGAUAUCUGCACCAGUCAACUCUUGUAAGUAAUUGUUUUUUAUCUACAAAAUUAAUAUUUAUAAUAUGUCAAUACUCGUAGAUCAUACUAUUUGUAUAUUUAAAUUGCAAAUAUUGAAUUAAUUUAAUCUAUUAUUACUUCUCUAGUCGCGAAGCAACCACUUAAGUGUUAAUUGAUGAAACCACAUUGUUUAAUUAAAAUUAACUUGACUCACGGGUUCUUAUUUUCAGAAUAUGUUAUAUAGGAAAGAUAAAUUGGUUUUAUUUAUAUACCACUAUAAGUAAGUGUUCUUGAAAAGUAACCAUAACUUCCCAGGGCCUUUAGACAUGAGCUAUAUGUGCUAUAAUAAACAUGUUAAUUUUAAUAUUCUAAAUUCUAAAGUGCAUCUCACGCCUGAAAAUUUUAAAACAGAUGAUAAAUAAUUUAUCUGUUUUUUUUAAAUUAAUUAAUAUUAACUUAUAUAACUUAUAGAUUAAGCUCAUUAUUGUGUUGUUUUUAAACUAAUAAUAUUUUCUUUCAAUAUUGUAUUCAUUUUAUUUUUGAACAUUUUAGCUAGAGAAUAUUUUUAAAUGUACAACAUUAUACUGAAUUACACUUAUCAGAAAUUAAAAAUACAUUGUUCUAAUACUAGUUAAGAUUUUAUCUUAUGGUGUUAAAGUGGUUAAAAAAUAGUUCAAUUGAAAAUUUAUUUGAUAUUUUAAACUGAAUAUUUGAGUAAGGUAUUACUAAAAACUAAUAUAUAAUUUAAUUAUUGAGUAGAUAAUAGGUAUGUAUUAUUAUUUUAUUUCUUUAACUUUUAGUAAAUAACAAAUGUUAAACAAUACCUAAGAUUUAUAUUUAACUAGGUUUCCUAUCAAGAUUUAUUACUAUUCUAGUCAUUGUUAAACUGUUGAAGUAAUUUAUAUUUAAAUUUGUUAUAUUGUACCUACUAACAAAAUAAUGGUUUAUUGUAAAAUUGUAUAUCUAUAAGUUUGUAGGCAAUAUAUUUAUUAACAUUCAAAUGUAACUUAUACUUUAUUUUAAACAUUAAAAUUAUCUAUCAAGAAUAGGUAACAUGGAGAAGUUA